UCAUAUGGCGCGAUUGUUUUGAUUAUUUGCGAUCCCAUCUUUUGUUUUUUAAGAGUUUUAAAAAGGAUUAAGCAGUCAGGAGUUUACAAUGAAUCAUAGAUUUGUUCGGGUUUGGGAGCCAUCGCAACCAGAAGCAAUUGAAAGAAGACCAUCUGUGUCCCAUGAAAACUUUCGAAUAUUUGAUAAAUCCUGCUGGGACAUUUCCCAAAGUGCCUCAAAUAAGAUCCUGACGGGCAAGAAAGCCCUGGACACUCACUUUGGAGGUGGAAUAUCCUUGGGUCACCUGGUUGAACUGAUCGGCAAUUCGGGCACCGGAAAGACGCAAAUGUGCUUGCAACUUUGCCUAAAUGUACAAAUUCCCAAGGCAGCUGGUGGAUUGGAGGGCAGUGCAUUAUUUAUAGACACCAGGCAGGAUUUCCAUCCUGACAGAUUAAUGGGCCUAGCUCUGAAACUGGAAAGGCAGUAUGCACAUAGAGUUCCAGAAUUUAAGGCUCACAAAAUGCUGCAGAAAAUCCACUAUGUGAGGUGCCCGAAACUGGAUCAAUUAAUGGCCACUGUGCUCAGUUGCCACAGGCAUCUCGUCGAUCAUCCCGAUAUUAAGCUGAUUGUAAUCGACUCCCUGGCUUUUACUCUGCGAAUGCUUGAGGAUGGCGCCCAUCGUUACGAGAUGCUUCUGGAACUGCAUGAAAGCAUGCGGAGAUUGCAACGUCAACACGAAUUGACCUGGGUCUUCACCAAUGUGCUCACGCAUCGCUACGUCAAGCAAAAGUUCCAAGUGGAGCCCGCCUUGGGGGAUCUGCAUUCGCACUUGAUCAACGAGCGCAUCUGGUUUUCGGGCAGCUCUGAGCUUCACCUGGGCAAGUCGUGGCGAACGAGUAGAUUAAUUAAGGAAUCCGAAUGAGGCUACAUCACUUUUACUUUGUGUCGAGUUUAAGCAUUAGUUAAAAAUAGGUACAUGCGUAUUAGGAUUAAAUAUGCAAUUAUCAGAUGAUAAUUUUUCUAUAAAAUAAAAAUAUGUUUAGCAAG